AUGAGGGAGUUGGGGCGGACACGCCAAGGAAAUGGGGGAGGCUGCAGGUGGGCAGCGGUUGGGGCCGAGAGGGGUGGUGGGUGCUGCCAGAGCCACGUUGUGCUGCCUGAGGCAACCGCUGGGCAGAGGGAGAAGGGCAAGGUGGCAGGGAGGGCAGGAGCAAAGCUGGCCACCGAGGAGGGCUCCCUCAGUGCGGCCGAGCCUGCCACAGGGCCCCGCAGGGCAGAGAGAGCCGGUGUUGCUGCCCUGGGCCUGCGUAGCCUUCCCAGCCCCUGUGGGGUCCCAAGAAACGGAAAACGGGAGAGCAGUUUAUGUGGGUUUUCUUGUGCAAAUACAUCAGAGUUCCCUGAUGAUCCAAAUGAAGAUACCGAAUGGAAUGACAUACUGAGAGAUUUUGGAAUUCUUCCACCAAAAGAUGAAAUUGAAGAAAUGGUUUUACACUUGCAGAAAGAAGCAGAAGUGAAACCGUAUGAAAGAAUGAAUCUUGAAGAAUUAAAGGAAGAUGACAAUGACUUUGAUGAGGAUGAUAGGAAAGCUAUUGAAAUGUAUAGGCAGCAACGCUUGCAAGAAUGGAAAUGUCUUCAGAGGAUGCAAAAGUAUGGGGAGCUAAGAGAAAUUUGCGGAGACCAGUAUGUAAAGGAAGUUACAAAUGCUCCAGAGGAUGUUUGGGUUAUAAUUCAUCUUUAUCGGUCAAGCAUCCCAAUGUGUUUACUGGUUAACAAACAUCUCAGCCUGCUAGCCAGAAAGUUUCCAGCAGUCAAGUUUGUCAAAGCCAUUGUAAACAGCUGCAUUCAGAAGUACUAUGACAGCUAUUUACCCACAAUACUUGUAUAUAAAACUGGUGAAAUAAAAGGCAGGUUCAUUGGAGUAGCACAAUGUGGAGGAAUGUAUCUUAAAGUGGAAGAGCUUGAAUGGAAACUAGCAGAAGUUGGAGCAAUAGAAACUGACUUAGAAGAAAACCCCAAAAAGGACAUUAUGAAUAUGAUGAUGCUGUCAGUGCAAAGUAUUUCUGCAAAUGAAGACACCAAUACAAAAAGCAGUGAUGUGAUGAAACCACCUAUUACUUGA